AUUUGCUGUCUUCCAGUUUAGGAAGACUGUGCUUAAAGAGACAAAAAAAGACUUGCCUGAGAGCAGGGAUUGCUUGUGGGUGGUCUUAGGGGAGGAGCUAUGCUCGUCAUGGCUACUUGGUGCCUGAAACUGGCGCUCAGCUCUCCUGAAAUCCCGUGGCAGCACCAUAGUGGCAGUGGCCUGAGAUGGGCGCCUAGAAGGCACAGUACCUAUUGCUGACAGACGGGCUUGGCUCCCCGACAAACUUUACUGAAAACACGGGUUAUUCCCCUCCUCCUCAGUACCCACUUGCCGCCUUCCUUCUCUUGUUUAGACUAAUCUUUAAAAGUGAUGUAACUUAAAACAGUCCAGUGUGAGUUAAUCUUUGGGGCCAGCUAGUAUCCUGGGAGUAGAGGUGACUAAGAUCUUUUGCCUACAGAUUAGGGUAAUGACAAGAUCAAACGCUGGGCUUUCCUGCAGGCAGGUAUAUAGGACGAGCAUCAAAGGCAGACUAACGGAAUAGGUCUUUUCCCUCCUCUUCAGGUGUUUUCUAGCACAAUGGCUGAGCAGCUCCUUCCUCAGGCUUUGUAUUUGAGCAAUAUGCGGAAAGCUGUGAAGAUACGAGAAAGAACUCCAGAAGAUUUUUUCAAACCUACAAAUGGAAUCAUUCAUCAUUUUAAAUCCAUGCACCGAUACACCCUGGAAAUGUUCAGAAUUGGCCAGUUUUGCCCACAGUUUAGGGAGAUCAUCCACAAAGCUCUCAUCGACAGAAACAUCCAGGCCUCCCUGGAAAAUCAGAAGAAUCUCAACUGGUGUCAGGAAGUCAGGAAGCUCGUGGCCCUGAAAACCAAUGGAGAUGGAAACUGCCUCAUGCAUGCUGCUUCUCAGUACAUGUGGGGUGUUCAGGACACAGACCUCGUCCUGAGAAAGGCACUCUUCAGCACACUCAAGGAGACGGACACGCGCAAUUUCAAAUUCCGCUGGCAACUGGAGUCUCUCAAGUCUCAGGAAUUUGUGGAAACGGGGCUUUGCUAUGAUACACGGAACUGGGCUGAGGAAUGGGAAAACCUUAUCAAGAUGGCAUCCACAGAUACCCUGGCCCGAAGUGGACUUCAGUAUAAUUCCCUAGAAGAAAUACAUAUAUUUGUCCUUUGCAACGUCCUCAGAAGGCCUAUUAUUGUAAUUUCAGACAAAAUGCUGAGAAGUUUGGAAUCGGGUUCAAAUAUCGCUCCAUUGAAGGUGGGCGGGAUUUACUUGCCUCUCCACUGGCCUGCCCAGGAGUGCUACAGAUACCCCAUCGUCCUCGGCUAUGACAGCCAACACUUUGUGCCUCUGGUGACUCUGAAGGACAGUGGUGCUGAAAUCCGAGCCGUUCCACUUGUUAACAAAGACCGAGGGCGAUUUGAAGACUUUAAAGUUCACUUUUUAACAGAUCCUGAGAAUGAGAUGAAGGAAAAGCUCUUAAAGGAGUACUUGACAGUGAUAGAAAUCCCCGUCCCAGGCUGGGAACAUGGCACACAUUUGAUCAAUGCUGCAAAGUUGGAUGAAGCUAACUUACCAAAAGAAAUAAACCUGGUAGAUGACUACUUUGAACUUGUCCAGCACGAGUACAAGAAGUGGCAGGAAAACAACGAACCGGGGCGAAGAGAGACGCGUGCUCUGAAUCCUUUGGAACCCUCCGUUCCCCAGCUUUCCCUCAUGGACGUAAAAUGUGAAACUCCCAACUGUCCUUUCUUCAUGUCAGUGAACACCCAGCCUUUGUGCCACGAGUGCUCAGAGAGACGGAAAAAGAACCAAAACAAAUCCACAAAGGUGAAUGCCAAGCCUGGCCCGGAGGCGCUGCCUGGCUUGGCACUUGGGGCCGCUCGGGGUGAGGCCUACGAGCCCUUGGCCUGGAACCCUGAGGAGCCCACUGGGGGUCCUCAUUCGGCCCCACCAACUGCACCCAGCCUUUUCCUGUUCAGUGAGACCACAGCCAUGAAGUGCAGGAGCCCUGGCUGUCCCUUCACACUGAACGUGCAGCACAAUGGAUUCUGUGAGCGCUGCCACAAUGCCCGGCAACUCAAUUCCAGCCGCAACUCAGACAACACGAGGCAGUUGCAUCCUGGUAAGUGCCAAGCCUGCCUCCAGGAUGUCACAAGGACUUUUAAUGGAAUCUGCAGUACUUGCUUCAAAAGGACUAAGGCCGAGCCCUCCUCCAACCUCAGCUCCAGCAUUCCCCCCUCCUGCCACCAGAGGUCCAAGUCGGACCCCUCACAGCUUAUCCAGAGCCCCUCCCCACAUUCUUGCCACAGAACUGGGAACGAGGCCUCCUCUGGCUGCCUCUCUCAGGCCGCACGGACUCCUGGGGACCGGAAAGGGACGAGCAAAUGCAGAAAAGCCGGCUGCAUGUAUUUUGGGACUCCAGAAAACCAGGGCUUCUGCACACUGUGUUUCAUCGAAUACAGAGAAAAUAAACGCUUUGUCACUGCUUCUGGGACAGCCAGCCUGACAGCCCCCAGGUUCCCAAACAUGGUGCCCUGCCUGGGGAGGGAGUGCGGCAGCCUGGGAAGCACUGUGUUUGAAGGAUACUGUCAGAAGUGUUUCAUUGAAGCCCAGAAUCAGAGAUUUCUUGAAGCAAAAAGGACUGAAGAGAAACUGAGAUACAGCCAACUUAGAGACCUGCCUCGGGCUGCACAGAACACCUCCAGGCCCAAAUGCGCCCGGGCCUCCUGCAAGAACAUCCUGGCCUGCCGCAACGAGGAACUCUGCAUGGAGUGCCAGCGGGUGGGCCCAGGGGGCCACCGGGGUGAGCCUGUCCCCACCGAAGAGCCUCCCAAACAGCGCUGCCGGGCCCCUGCCUGCGAUCACUUCGGCAACACCAGGUGUAACGGCUACUGCAACGAGUGCUUUCAGUUCAAGCAGAUGUACGGCUAGCAGGUGGGCCAGCCCCGGCGAAGUGGGGCCUGGAGGCAUUAGCCUAUGUGGUGCUAUACUCUAACACUUGGAUGCCACCGUUGGGCUGGAGGGUGUCUUUGAGCCAGGGAGAAAAGGAUGAGCUCUUCAUCAUGGCCCUGGACAUGGUGACCAGGGGAUAGUCCCAAGUGGCCUGAGAGCAGAGCUUGAGACUGGCAAUGGAUGGUGUCAGCCUACAGCCGGUGCUCCCCCUCUCCUACCAAGCAGAAGGCUGGGAACUUUAUGGACGUAGCGUGCCUGCCACGACUGCCUCAUCGUCUUUUGAGAAAAGGGAAAAGACACACCUGUCAGGUGGGCUGGGAACCCAGAGCCCUUGUACCUGCCAUCCUUCGUGUUUCUCAGAGGUGAUGCUCAAUCCUCAGCCGGCUGCCACAAGUUGGAAGCUCAGGGAAAAUGGACAUCUUCGGAGUUUCAGAAGUUAGUGGUUUUUCCCAAACUGCCUGAUUCCUUUCCCAUGGACACGGCAGAAACAGAACCAUCAUGCACUGUGAUUCUGAGGCUGCUGAGACUGCACAAGCUUAAAAAGCAAACAAGCUGCUCUUUAAAAUAUGCACCUUUUAAAAUCAGAACAUUUUAAUGAGAUCUGUGACUCUUGGUUAGACCUGCCUUCACUUCUAAAGAGGCUAGCUUGAACUAAGGUGUGCAUAAAUAUCCCUUAUGUAUGAGGGAAUUUUUUUAUGAUGUUAAAAUGCUGCCCUAGAAGUAGGAAGAUAAUAAUAACCUAUUUUCUGGUUGUUGUUGGGCAACAUACAGUUUGUAUGAACUCAACCAGCUGCCUUGUUGUAUUAUAUAAACUUUAUUUAUUUUAUUGCAAACUUAAAUAUUUAAAUGAAGAUGUUUCUUCUGCUUUGUAGAAAACAUUCUGGUAUCUUCUUAGGCUGGCAUAUAGUUGCUUUGGGAGAUGUUAUGGAAUCAGGUGAGUCCCUGCCAUUGGGAGAAUCCGCCUCUUGGAUGGCCUUUGGUUGCCUUCCAUAGGCAAGAAGGAAUUUCAUCACUAGUAGAUUCAUUAACAUCUCAUGCUUCUUCUUAAUGAAACUUUGGCCAGAACCACUUGUGGCCAUUAAUAAGAAACUGCUUUCUGUGAUAUGUAAUCUCCUCUGAGUAUCCUACCUCCUUAGUGCUAAGACUGGGAAGGGGCAGGGAUAAAAUUAGAGAAAGUCACAGAAAAAGAUGUGACUUUUGUCACUGUUUUACUUGCUGUGCUGAUGUGGCGUCCUGGGGUGCUGGGCAGUGCCCAGUGUCCAUGGCACGUAGCAUUGGGAUGUGCAAAAUCCUGUCACCGUAAGUGAGAGGAAAUUUAUUUCUGUCUUUGGCCUGCAUUUUCUCUUCUGUGCUUUGUGUGACUGUCAUACUUUUUCUGGGGGA